GGACGCCUGAGGAGGAGGCCUUGCAAAAGCUUCUGGAGUGCAGGGAGUCACCUCAGGAACCAACCACAAGCACCCAGGAUGUCGUUCCCGCUGAAUAACGUCAUAAACUUCAUGACCUACGGCGGCACCAAGGAGCUCCUGCCUAGAAACGCCUGUGGGAAAUCCACGUCAAGAAGCUGAAGCUGAAGAGCCAGUGCUAAUUUGCCAACUGCCAGCAUCAACGCGUUCGGGUUUCGGGAGGGCGUUGCACGGGUGGCCUGCUUGCAGCACAUCACAUUGGGCAUGGACUCGAACGAGAUUCCCGACCUGCGGUGCUUUGAGUGUCGGGUGCAGCGAGUGCGCGUGGCUGGGGAUUACAGGCGACCCGUUGGCGUACACCUGUCACGUCCACGCCCGCGAGGAGCUCGUCAAGAGUAGGGAGCUCGCUCCCCUCGUAAUUUGAAGGGCUCCUCGCACAGAAUGGAGGCACCGCCGCCGCCGUCCAUCCCUUUGUGAGCGGGCCAAUCGCCGCAGUGCCCUCCCAUUGGUGCUGCGCCUCAGAUCUUUAGAGAUCGAAAACCGAAUGGGGGAUGAAGGCCGCCCUCGGCUACGGAUACUGGGGGUUCUGGUGGUGCUUCAGCUGCUAGUAUCUCGGAAGAGGGGGCACGGCUCCCCCCCAAAAGAUUGGCGGGAGGUCCCUGUGCAGGGGUCCUCCUCGGAGGCGAGUGCCCGUCAGGGACGGCAAAUGAGGGAGUCGUUCGCACGGAUUAUUGCGCGAGCCAAGAUCCUGCUUCAGAACCUCUACAGCCUGCGGACCUGGAGAAGAUUGACCAAUUUCAAGGAAAUGGUUUCAGUCGUUGUGAACCCCGUCGUGGCCAAACGGUUGAACGAGAGGGCCCGCUUGCCGCUGCGCAAGAAGCUGGAUUUGGAGGGGCAGAGGGGCGCAGGCGCUGCUGCGCUGGACCCCUUGGAGGGUUACUGGAGAAGCGACAUCAGCCGAGUGUACGGAGAGGUGAAGCCUGACUACUGGAACCUCCUCGGCAGCUUCGACUUCCUCUCAGGACUCUUACUUCUUCUCCCCAUGGUUGUGGCAUUCCCUUUGGCUCUGAGCUACUUCAGGACGAUGUCAGGAAGCAGUAAAGGUCUGCGGAGGUACCUGGCAUGCGUGACUGGAUUCAACGCUUUCUGGUACAGCCACCACACCCUCCUGCUCAUGUACGUCGUCGUCAUCUUCCACGGGACUCGCUCCGGCCACUGGUACGUACCGUCGACGACCGCCUGGGUCUACAUUGUAGGGCCGCUUGGGGUCUACCUUGCUGAGCGGUUGCUGAGGUGGUACCGCGGAUCGGGGGCGCACCAUCAGCCGCAGGUUCUCCAGGCUGUCAGCUACUCUGGCAAAGUGCUUUUGCUGGAAUUGAGCAAGCCGAGCGGAUUCCGCUACCGGAGCGGGAUGUUCGUCUACAUCCAGUGCCCUGCUGCUUCCCGCUUCGAGUGGCAUCCAUUCACGCUGACGUCAGCCCCUGGAGACGACACCCUGAGCCUGCACAUCCGCGUCGCAGGAGACUGGACUAGCGCCCUUCUGAGAAAAUUCGAAUCAGCACUAGACGCAACGAAUAGCUGCCCCAGCCAUGCUGACGUCAGCUCCCCGGGAUACGCCGCGGCCGCGGCCGCGCUCUCUACCGUCCCGCCGAGCCAGCAAGAAGAUCAGGAGCCGGACCUCGAGCUGGGUGGCAGAAACGAGCGGCCCUCGUGGCGCCACGUGGCAGCCACAAAGUUCCCUUCGUUGCGGAUGGACGGUCCGUACGGGGCUCCGGCGCAGGAGUACCGGAGGUAUAAGACGGUCCUCCUGGUGGGAGCGGGCAUCGGGAUCACGCCCUACGUCAGCAUUCUGCGGGACCUCCUGCACAGAUUCCAGACGGAGCAGGACCAGCCGCAGGCGAGGGAUUCCUCCGGCGCGCCACGUGUUCGGCGAGUAAUGACGGAGGCCGUGUACUGCUAUUGGGUGACGAGGGAUCACGACACUGUGGCCAUGCUGCGAGACUUACUGCAAAGCCUCGCCCAGAGAGAGAUCGAGGGACGACUAGAGGUGCACAUCUGCUUGACCGGGCAAACCCCAGCGGCAAAUACCACUCCCGCGUUGUCAUCGGUUUCGGUGACGGAGUCUUCUGCCGCGUCAGAGUUGGGGACUUCUCCGAGGGGCGGAAUGGUUAUCGAGCACCACAACUCUCGGCCUGAUUGGGACUCCGUGCUCUCGGGCAUCGCCGGGCGGCACCCAAAAGGCGAUGUAGGCGUCUUCUACUGUGGGAAACCUGGCAUUGCUGCCGCGUUGAGAAGCAGACGUAGUCGUUUCUCACUUGCGAGGGGCACCUUCUUCCGGUUACACAAGGAGACAUUCUGA